AUGGACGACCACGAAAGGGUGGCCAGCGGGCCCCAGUUCAUGGAUCUGAGAGAUCUUCCGUUGGACAUGAUGAUGAUUCUUAAGAAGCUCGAGGAAGACUUCUUUGUCAACAAGACCAUUGACCAAUGGACCUACAUCAACAGGAGAGAGGAGAUCAUGAAGCAGGUCAAUAAACUUCAUCAGCUGCAGCAGAAGGCGGUUCCGUUGGAUGCCGAGCUGCUAGAGAAGGUGUUGAUGCCUCGAAAACGCCCUGAGGGAGAGGCUUUCUUCAGGCACUCCAUGGCACGUAUAUUGAAGGAACGUGCUCUGCUUCAGAAACAGGACCUUGCUUUCCAGGUGCUCGAUUCCAAAGGUAAGGAGCUGCAGAGCAUUCUGUGGGAGAAACUCUACUUGAAGGCUACCAAGGUGGCUGCUGAUCUUAAACACAGACACCAGUUGAAACCAAACGACACGGCGGUGUUGCUAUAUAAGGACGGAGAGGUUUGUGAGUUUGCAGUGGCGCUCUUUGGUUGCUUUAUGGCUCGAGUAGCGGCCAUUCCUAUUCAUCAGGACAUUGCACUCCAGGAAAUGUUCGAUGUGAUUGCCUUGACGUCCUCGCUGUUUGUGCUUAUGUCCGAGUCAGUGCAAAAGGAGAUCGAAAGGAUUUCCACAACAAAUCAAAAAGUGCUGUGGCCGCCUAAGGUGGUGCGUUUGAGAACCACCGACCUCGGUUCUGCCAAACGCUCAGAUAUAGAAAAUGUGUUUGGCAAGUCGGCACGCAAAGACGAACAUUUGAACUCCCAAAACGACUUGGCUUAUUUGGAGUUUUCUAGAUCUCCUGUUGGUGAGCUUCGAGGUAUCGAGUUGAGCCAUAGCACCAUUUUGCAUCAGAUGAACUGUUUAGACAUGUCAUUGCUGAGUCUACCGGACUCUGGUGGCUCUUUGAAACACUCGCUUAGUUCCCCCAGAAAAAGCAAAAGGGUCUUUUUGGCCACCGUCGAUCUACGUAUCUCCAUUGGUCUUAUCGUCGGUAUUAUGUUCACCAUCUACUCGGGCAAUAUGCUUGUCUGGGCUCCUCCAAAAGUCAUGGAGGUACAGGGACUUUACGCAAACAUAAUCUCCAAAACACGAGCCAACUUGUUGCUUGCUGACUUCUUGGGUCUCAAGAGAGUUACCUACGACUAUCAGCUGUCACCUAACACUACACGUUACUACUCGAAGACACAGCGAGUAGACUUUUCUACCAUCAAAUGGGUGCUCAUCAAUGCGCUCUCGGUCGAUGGCGAGCUUAUAGAGGUUCUUGCAGAACGAUAUCUCAAACCGUUAGGUUGCCAGCAACCACGAAAUGCCAUCAUCCCCAUGCUUACGCUUAGUGAGUAUGGUGGUAUGGUAAUUUCGAUGCGAGACUGGAUUGGAGGUGGCGAGAAAUUGGGGUUGGGCUCGACAUUCAAGGCCUCUGACGAAAACUCCUCGGUCAUACUUGACAAGGAAGCACUCUCACGAAACAAAGUCCAAAUAAUUGAAACUGAUGUCGCUGAAAUGGACGAACGAAGCAGCGACUCUUUGAGAAUUGAUUCUUUUGGAUAUCCUUUACCAGACGCUACCUUGGCCGUCGUCAAUCCGGAAUCAUCAACCGUUGUCCAAAAGGGCGAGUUGGGUGAAAUCUGGAUUGACAGUCCCUGCUUGUCGGGAGGCUUUUACGGACUCAAGAAAGAAUCUAGACAAAUCUUCCACGCAAAGUGUCGUAAUGCAGACGGCAUCAUGGAGCCUGAGUUUCUAAGAACUGGUCUCUUGGGUUUCACUCACAACGGCAAAGUGUACGUCUUGGGCCUCUAUGAGGACAGAAUUAGACAGAGAGUCAGCUGGAUUGACCAAAAAAUGCACAAGAGGCUCAAGCGUGAUCUUGUGGUUGAGAAUGGUACUCGCUACCAUUACGUUUCUCAUCUUCUUGCGACUUUAGCCAGCGAGGUUCGUGAAGUGUACGACUGUACCAUCUUUGACGUCUUUAUUGGAAAUGAAUACUUGCCUGUGGCAAUUGUUGAAGCCGAAGUGAUACGACGUGUUAUCGAUGAAGCGGAUGCUGCUUCUACGACUGGAGCAAAGAACAGAGACAAGAUCGACUACACUGCUGCUCCACUCAAUGAGCCUGUUUUGAAUGUGAUUGCUCAAAAAUGCUUUGAUACCCUUAAUAAGCAUCACUUUCUCAGGCUCUAUUGUUUGGUGGUGGUCGAUUGUGAUACCCUUCCAAAGAUCAUGAGGAGUGGUGGUUUGGAAAUCGCAAACAUGUUGUGUAAGAAACGGUUCUUCGAAGGCUCAUUGAGGGCCGAAUUUGUCAAGUUCUUCGUGAGACAAUCGAUCAGUAUGAUUCCACAUGGUGAAGAUGUGCUUGGUGGUAUUUGGUCUCCUUACGCCUCUGAGCUCAGAAGUGCUUCCCUUUCGAGAUUCAUGCCUCAACUUUCAACUAUCGACUACAGGCAAAAAUCGAUUGAUGACAGAACCGGUGCACCACUCACGGACUUCAAAUCUAUCAUCGACAUUUUGAAGUUCAGAGUCGCUCAAUCAGGUGAUAGUGUUGCAUUUCAGAACAUCGAUCCAAGUGGAAAGAGUAGUCUGAAGCCUUUGACAUGGAAGAAGUUUGAAUUACGAGUUUAUGCUCUCUGCAACCACAUCAUGUCGAAAACUACGCUCAAGAGCGGUGAGUAUGUUGUUUUGAUGUACUCGCUUUCCGAGGACUUCAUGGUUGCAGUGUAUGCUUGUUUCUUGCUUGGCAUUGUUCCCAUUCCUAUGCUUCCCUUCGACUCAAAUAGAAUUGGUGAAGACUUCCCUGCCUUCGUCGGUGUUGUCAAGGACUUUGACAUCCAUGAUGUAUUUGUCAACGAAGAUGUUGAGAAGUACAUGAAGAAUGGACCAGUGGCCGACGCUCUCAAGAGAAUGAAUCAUAGAAGACCAAAAGCAUUGAAAGUCAAGAGCACUUCCAAAAUCACCAAGGUUUCAAAUACGGCUUCUUUGAACUCCAAGAUAGCCAAGUACCAAUCAGAUGCUAGGUUCCGCGAUGAAGCCACCACUAGUCUUGUUUGGUUGCACUUUACAUCUGACCAUUACAGAAUCGGUGCUUGCUUGAGUCAUAAAAACAUUGUCAGCAUUUGCAAGGUUUUCAAGGAAACUUGCAACUUGUCCUCGAAAUCGUCCAUCGUUGGUUGUGUCCGUCAUUCGAACGGUAUUGGUUUUGUUCAGGCUUGCCUUCUCGGUGUCUUCUUGGGAACCACAACCUACCUUAGUUCUCCUGUCAAUUAUGCUGAAAAUCCUUUGGCAUUCUUUUUGUCGCUAUCAAAGUACAAAGUUAAGGAUGUGUUUGUCACGGAGCAGAUGCUCAAAUAUGCUGUUACCAAGUUCACACCCAAAGGUUUCAACUUGUCGUACUUGAAGAACAUGAUGAUAAGCACUGAGAAUCGUGUGGAGAUUGAUUUGCUCAAGAAGAUUGCUAGGGUAUUUCAGCCAACGAAGCUCAGUGCUGCUGCUGCAUCUGCUGUCUACACCCACUGCUUCAACCCAAUCAUUUCUACAAGAUGUUACAUGACCGUGGCUCCUGUCGACCUUUAUCUUGAUCCUGUUGCAUUGAGACAGGGCUAUGUUUCCAUCGUCAACCAGCUCGAGUUCCCCAAUGCUCUUCGAAUUCAAGAUUCAGGAAUGGUUCCAGUAUGCACAGAGAUUGCAAUCGUGAACCCAGAAACUUGUAAGGUCUGUAAGGAAGGUGAAUUUGGAGAAAUCUGGGUUUGUUCCGAAGCUAACGUUACAUCCUUCACUAAUGGACCUAAAGGACCAGUGGAUACUUUCAGUUCGCGUCAGUUUUUGGGCAAGAUCACAGAUGGUAAUCCUGACAUGACAUAUCUCAGAACAGGAGACCUUGGAUUCCUUCACCAGAUCUCCAUCUCAAAAAACACUGUUGGAAAUGCCGGAAAGAAAGAGGAGACUGCCACGUUCCAGCCACUCUUUGUGUUGGGAAAGAUCUCCGACACGUUUGAGGUCAUGGGUUUGCACCACUUCCCCAUUGAUAUUGAAUCCACUAUCGAAUCAUGUCAUCCAGACAUUUACAACAACGGUUCUUGCGUUUUCAAGGCUUCUGAUUUCACUAUUGCCAUUUGCGAGGCAAGAAAGAUGAAGAACCUUGCUGCGUUAGUCCCAUUGAUUGUCAAUACCGUAUUCAGCAAGCAUCAUAUCAUCAUUGACAUUGUGGCUUUUAUCAAGAAGGGCGAAUUCCCUAUUUCAAGACUAGCCACCAAGCAAAGAGCCAGAAUAGUGGAUGCUUGGGUGCAAGGCAUCAUUCCAAUAAAGGUUCUGUACGGCAUCAACUUUGGUGAAAACUCCAUGAUCAAGCUUAUCAAGGAGAUUGACGAGGUGGCCAGAGAUGAUCCAGUGACAGGUCUUAAAAACCCAGCUCAAUCUUAUUACGAUAAUGCUGAUGACGAUAUUUUUGGAGGUAACGGUGCCAUGCUUAAUCUCAACACUGGGGGAGAAGUUGACAAUGCUUCGCUUACUCAGGCCUCCAUCAACCAGUCUAUUCAUCAGCCCUCAAGUUACCAGAACUCACUCAACCACAGCUCGCUAAACCAGGCUUCCAUGUACCAGGGUUCCAUCAAUCAGGGCUCCAUCAAUCAAGGCUCAAUUAACCAAGGAUCCACGAGGCAAUCCUUCAGCACACAGGAAGCUCCUAGCCAAAAGGCUCCUGGUUUCUUCGCUAACGACGGGCCUGCACCAGACGACCUUCCAAGUGAAUUCAUUUCUCAGAAAAGGAGACUGUCGAUUCUUGGUUCGCUCAAAAAUGUGAAUGAUGCCGUUCCCAGAAUGUCGACUUCAAUUCCACAUUACAAAGGGUACCAAGAGAUUGCACAGUCUCUCCAGCGACAGAAGGAUGAUUUCAAUGGAGCCACUGAACACGAAAGAAGACAAUCUCUUUUGCCACCGGCAGUUCCAGACUACGCCCUGAAUGACCCAGAGGAAUCCACCUUUCUCAAAGACUUAUCUCCAAACUUGAACAAUGUACCUCGUCAAAGCAUACUACCGACAAUGGACCGUGAUAUGGAAUACAACAACUCCGAUGAUUAUGGUGAUGAACCACAGAACCAGUUGGUUAGACAAGAGUUUGCGCCAUUGUAUGAAGAUGACGAGGGAAACUUAGUGAGACCACCUGUGAUCAACCUAGAUCCAAGCGAGAGAUAUCACCUAUUGCAGCUCAAACGUUCUGUUGAAAUGUCUGAAUACCUCCAGAGCAGACUCAAGUACAUGGUUGAUCCUGAUGAAACCACCAGCGUGCCUAUCAGUGAAACGAAGGUUAACUCCACUACACAAACUCAUGGAGUGGAUGAGUUUGAUCGCAAGUUGAACUUUGACAAGUUGCGUUCCAAAUUAACUCUUCAGAGAAGACAGCGUCAGCAGAAGAACGGUAAGGGCUUUUUCUCGGGUGAGUUCUUCUAUGAGCCAGCUCCUCCCAAGAAAUCUGACCCUGUUCCCAAUGGUGUGAAGCUUGAUGGCUAUCUUGGUCAGGUGAACAAACCGAAAUUCCCAGAGCAGAAAACUGAAAAGCCUGUCAAAUUAUUCCCAGACCAGGACUCCAAGCCUCCGGUCAGUUUGCAAAAGAACCGUCGUACCGAUCUAGGUGCUGUUCUCGGGAAGAAAGACGAGCCCCAAUUGGACAAGGACUACCUAGAUAAAACAGAGUCCCUUAUCAAGAUGAAGGAACCAAGUGCCGCUCAAGCUACUAAUAAUUCGGUUGGUCCCAGCAGCGGCUUCAAUUUCGAGAUCAACAAGAACAGCCUCGGAAAUAUUCUCCAGACUCGUAAAGACGAUGACGAGCGUGUGGAAAAGGCUAGUGCUGCUACCGAGACAAAGUCUGCCGAGGACGAGGGUAAAAGAGCAUUAUUCGGUUUCUCCUCCACUUCGAGUAAGGACCAGCCAAAGAAGAGAUCCAGAGAUGAGGAGGAGGAUUCCAAGCCGUCAUUCCUGUUCGGAAACCAAGCUGCAUCUGACGAGAAGAAGCCCCUUUUCGAGCCCAGCAAACCCUCGUCUGACGAGAAGAAGGAGCUUCCAAAACCUGCAUUUUCAUUCGGCACGUCCGAAAAGCCUACCGAAAAGAAGGACAGCUCUGCUGGAUUUUCAUUCGGUAAACCCAGUUCGACGCCGCUUUUCGGUGCUUCAUCCACUAAAGAAGGGGAAGCUGGAGACGAGAAAGAGAAGAAGACCACUGAAGCUCCCAAAAUCUCUUUUGGCUCGUCAAAGCUCCCAGAAGCUGCUCCAAAAUUUUCGUUCGGCUCUUCCACAAAUGAUAAACCCUCUCCAGGUAUUCCAUUCGGUGGCUCUGCUACAGUCAAGGUUUCUGACGGUAAUAAAGAUACUCCUAAGUUCCUGUUUGGCCUGAAACCAGAGAAGGAGGAUGACGAGGCCGAUGAGGGGCCCAGAAAGAAGAGGGCUGCUCCUUUCUCAUUUGAUUCAAGCAAGAGUGAGGAGAAGUCCGAGCCCAAGAAGGAUGAAAAACCUCUCUUUAGUUUUGACAAGCCCAAGGAUAGUGCGCCUUCUCUACUCAAUUUUGGAGAAAGUUCCAAGAAGGAGGCGACUCCCCAGUUUAGCUUUGGUUCUCUGUCAGAGAAAAAGGACAGUACCCCUCUGUUCAACUUCGGUGUGAGCGAAAAGAAGACAGAUGCUCCUGUCUUUGGCUCGGGCUCAUCAUCAGAGAAGAAAGACGUCACACCGUCGUUCAACUUCGGAGCAACCACUGAAAAGAAUGAUGACUCGGCUCCCAAAUUGGCUGCUCCAAGCUCAGGAUCUACUCCCGCAUUUAAUUUUGGUGGAUCUAGUGAGCUGAAGGACACUACGAAAGACGCUGAAAAAGAAGAAACGCCAAAGUUUUCAUUUGGAAGCUCUUCAACCAAGGACUCCACGCCAACCUUCUCCUUCGGGGCGAAGAAGGAUGAAGGUGAAAAGAAGACGGAUGCACCAGCACUUGGCAGCACGGCACCAAAAUUCUCUUUUGAGAAGCCCAAAUCCGAGGAGCCACAAGAUUCUACUGAGGCCCCAAAGUUUUCGUUUGGUGCAGCAAAAUCAGUGUCCCCAUCCUUCACAUUCGGCGGUUCAAAGCCGGCGGACACAUCUUUUGGCUCGAAGACCACUGAAGUCAAGGAAACCACUCCGGUGUUCUCAGUCUCAUCAAAGGAGACCACACCAAAGCCCUUCCUGUUUGGUGAGCCAACAGCCAAGCCUGCCUUCAAUUUUGGCAGCGCUCAAACCCCAGCAUUUGGUGCUGACUCCAAGAGCACUUCUACAUUUUCGUUUGGCAAGCCAGAGACUCCUCUGAUCGGAGCUCAGGCUGGAGGCGCUGCAGCACCCAAGCCAGCAUUCACCUUUGGCCAGGCUGCCACGGCUGACCCUGCUCUGAUCUUUGGAGCCAGCGAAAGCAACGCACAAGGUUCUCAAGCUACGCCAGCCUUUGGUGGCCCUUCCACAGGUCCCUCGAGUACGGCCUCGCCAUUCAAUUUUGGUGCUACACAGGCGCCUGCUUUUGGGGGUCCUUCUGGUGCAUUUGGGGGCCCAAACCCCACUCCAGGUUUUAACUUCGGCGCUAACACUAAUCUUGCAGCUCCGCAGCCUACACAGAGCCCAUUUGGUGGACCAGCCAACACGUCGAGUGUUUUUGGUUCUCGUGGAUCUACGCCUGGAGCUCCAGGAAACAACACCUUUGGACAACCUGGAGCUGGAAUUACAAACCCAGCAUCCGUCUUUGGCGCCAACCCUACACAGUCUUCUGGCGGAUUUGGCAUGGGUAGCAACGCUCCACCAAACCAGUUCAACAGUGCUCCUGGAAGUCUCGGAGCAGGAAGCCGAGAGAAUACGCCUCCUGUUUUCGGAGCUGGUGCCCCUGCUGCUCCUGGUGCAUUUGGAGCUGGCCAGCUCUUAAAUGCGACUCAGGAAAUAGCUCUCAAACAGUGCUGGGCUACGCUAUUGAAGCUGUGGGGCUACGACAUCUCCUUGUCCAACGACGACAUCUCGUUGAAAGAGCUGUUUGUCGCCCUGUCCAUCGUGGACGCAGCCGAAGAACCUAGCAAAUACCUGUCUAGCUUAAACUCCGAUGGCGAAUCCAUAGUUUCCGGAGCGUCGACCACUCUAACUCUUCUGACGACAGCAACGAAUCUGAGUGGGACGAAGAAGAAGAAGAAGUGGGGGCUCUUCCGCACGAAACCUCUGGCGCCAAAGCAAGUGCUGUCUCAGCGAAGAAUGGCGUUGGAUGACAGCUAUUUGGAGAAGUAUACCUUCAUCAGCAAGGCAUCUGAUCACACCAGGCACGUCUUUGGCCAGCAUCACCAGCUAAUGUAUGAUGAGAAGAAGGACCCGCUUGAAGAGGAUGGCUGCGAUGACGAAUCAACUCUAGAGAAGGAGUCGCUUAGCUCGCUCGAGACCUUCCACACGGCCCACUCCAGCCCUAAUCUGCAUCAUCCCCCACAAGUGCGCCAGAAGAAGAGUUUUUCGCUCAAAUCGGUCAAAUCAAGUCAUUUUGUGCAUCCAGCAUUGAGCAAAGGCAAGUCGAAGGUGGUUCAUGCGGGUAUUGUCAAUAUGCUCAAAAACGGCCUCUUGGAUAACAUGAUUCUCCGCUUCUGCCGAGCUCGUAAGUUCAAUCAUGAGGAUACGGUGCAGAUGCUCGUCAAGUCUGUGAUCUUCAAGCAGACAGAAUACCCCGCUGAAGCUUGGGUUCGUGAAUCCGACGGACCUUCAUAUAUCAAUGGCGAGAACCAAGGUUUCAUCAAGAACCUCACCACCGGGAAGUCGUUUAUCCGUGGUCAUGACAAACUUGGGAACCCACUUUUCGUGUUCCAGUCCAGAAAGCACUUUGCCCAUGAUUCUCCAUUGCUUGAGACUGAGAGGUUUGCCACAGUCAUGAUUGAGUGGUGUCGUCUCUUUUCUAGAGAAAUCAAUGACUCCGUUGAUGCAUUCACGGUCAUGUUUGACUUGACGGGCUUCUCAUUGAAAAAUGCCGACAAUGCUCCCAUCAAGUUUUUGGCCCAGAUGUUUGAGGCCCACUACCCCGAGACUCUCGGGUUCAUCAUUGUGCAUAACGCCCCGUGGAUCUUCUCUACGGUGUGGAACGUCAUCAAGAACUGGCUAGAUCCUGCAGUCGUGUCAAAGAUUCAUUUCACCAAGGGCUACGACGAGUUGGUGAACCUAAUAGACGCCGAGCAUAUACCGAAGUACCUUGGCGGAGAUGACACCGAUGAGGUGCCGUACAUCCCACCAACAGUGCAUGACUUGAGACCCCCAAAGAGAAAGGACCUCAGAUACAAGCGUCUCAGGCAACAGAGAGAUGAAGCAUUCAUGCGCUUCAUUGACAUCACCAAGAAGUGGUGUGAGAGCACCGAUCCAGAGGUCAGCUCGCGCUACCUCAGAGAUAAGAUUUUGCUCAAUUACCAGCUCUCCGACAACUACGUUGAGCUCGAUCCAUAUAUCCGAAACCCAGGCAUGUACGACAGAAACGGGGCCCUCGUCGUGGGGAACUAG